CGCCUCGGUGGUGGCGUAGGAGGAACUGAAGGCCGGUGUGUUGACCCGUUUCCGGGCCCUUGUGGUGCGGUCUGAGCCGGGUCCUCGGGAGGCAUAGGGUAUCUGUUUGACUUGAGGAGGAGCUGCAGUACGGCCUCACUACAGGAGGGAUGGGAUCAGAGAACAGUGCUUUAAAGAGCUAUACACUGAGAGAACCACCAUUCACCUUGCCCUCUGGACUUGCUGUUUACCCCGCCAUACUGCAAGAUGGGAAAUGCGCCUCGGUGUUUGUAUAUAAGAGAGAAAAUGAAGACAAGGUUAACAAAGCUGCCAAGCACUUAAAGACACUUCGUCACCCUUGCUUGCUAAGAUUUUUAUCUUGUACUGUGGAAGCAGAUGGCAUUCAUCUCGUCACUGAGAGAGUGCAGCCCCUGGAAGUGGCGCUGGAAACCCUGUCUCCUGCAGAAGUCUGUGCUGGAAUCUAUGACGUAUUGCUGGCUCUUAUCUUCCUCCAUGACAGAGGACACCUGACACACAACAAUGUCUGCCUGUCUUCUGUUUUUGUGAGUGAAGAUGGGCAUUGGAAGCUUGGAGGCAUGGAAACAGUGUGCAAAGUUCCUCAGGCCACACCAGAGUUUCUCAGAAGCAUCCAGUCAGUAAGAGACCCAGCGUCUAUUCCUCCUGAGGAGACGUCUCCAGAAUUUGCAGCCCUUCCAGAGUCCCAUGGACAUGCCCGAGAUGCCUAUUCCUUCGGAACUUUGGUGGACAGCUUGCUCCCCAUCUUGAAGGAGCAGGUUUCAGCGGAUGUUCUCUCCAGCUUCCUACAGACCUUGCACACAGCUCUGCUGAAUCCCACGCCUACGUGUCGGCCAGCGCUCAGCACCUUACUGUCCCAUGACUUCUUCAGAAAUGAUUUUUUAGAAGUUGUGAAUUUCUUGAGAAGCUUGACAUUAAAGAGCGAAGAUGAGAAAACUGAAUUUUUCAAAUUUCUGCUGGACAGAGUGAGCGGCUUAUCAGAAGAGUUAAUAGCUUCAAGACUGGUGCCUCUUCUGCUUAACCAGUUGGUGUUUGCUGAGCCAGUGGCUGUUAAGAGUUUUCUUCCCUAUCUCCUUGGCCCUAAAAAAGAGAAUGCACCAGGGGAGACUCCUUGCUUGCUUUCGCCAGCACUGUUCCAGUCACGGGUGAUUCCUGUGCUUCUCCAAUUGUUCGAGGUCCAUGAGGAGCAUGUACGGAUGGUGUUACUAUCCCACAUCGAUGCCUAUGUGAAGCACUUUACUCAGGACCAACUGAAGAAAGUCAUCUUGCCACAGGUAUUACUGGGCCUUCGUGAUACCAGCAAUUCCAUUGUGGCAAUUACUCUUCGUAGCCUGGCGGUGCUGGUAUCUCUACUCGGACCAGAAGUGGUUGUGGGAGGAGAAAGAACCAAGAUCUUUAAGCGAACUGCUCCAAGUUUUACGAAAACUAGUGAUCUUUCCCCUGAAGGUUCUCCCAUGCAUAUUGUGUGCAACCAGCAGACUCAGAUCUCAAAAGGCUUGGACAACCCCUCUUCUAAUGCAUUCCCUAAAUGGCUGUUUUCUGGCAGCAUGCCCAUCAACAGCAAGAAGCACAUACAGGAAGAGUAUUACAAUACUCUUUUACAGACAGGUGAUCAGUUUUCUCACUCUGUGAAAUUCCCUAUGAAUGGAAUCUCAGAUGUGAAAAACACCUCAGAAGACAAAGGGAACUUCCCAGCAAGUUCUAGUAAGCCUGAAGAGUGGCCUGACUGGAGUGAGCCUGAGGAGCCUGAGCACCAAACUGCCAAUCUUCAGAUAAGGCCCCAAGCACCCUGUGAUGGAGCUGAGUCCCAGCACACCAACCUGAAUGCAGAGGAGGAGUCCUGGGAUGACUGUGAGUCCGGUGUUGGUACCGAAGUGAACUCUGUGGCUGGAGCCUCUGCUGCCACGCCUGUUACCUCAGAGGAGCAGAAGCACACUGCAGCUUUGCUUCCUCUCACUCAGGAGUCUAAGCCUUUGAAACCCAGUCCUUCCUCAAAGACCAAUCAUAUGCAGCGUGGGGAAGUCAAACCACCAGAAGUGUCCCAGGAAAGACCCCUUAAGGUUCGGUCAGAACUUGGUUUAGGAGAAGAGUUCACCAUACAAGUAAAAAAGAAGCCAGUACAAGAUCCUGAGUUAGACUGGUUUGCAGAUAUGGUCCCAGAAAUUAAGCCUUCAGGUACUUUCCUUAUUUUGCCUGAACUAAGGACAGAAGUGAUGGUCCCUAACAAAGAUAACAUCUCACCAGUGAUGCAGUUUUCCUCAAAAUUUGCUGCACCAGAAAUGACUGAGGGAGAGGCAGAAGGCUGGGAAGAAGAGCUAACCUGGGAAGAUAACAACUGGUGAUAAGAAAGAGCUUAAACUUCAGGAAUAAUUCUAAAGGAAGUAAUACCUCAAAGCAAGCUGCAUGGAUGUAAAACCACAAAGCAGCCUGUGUUCCCCGUACCAGAAGCUCUUUUUGCAGUCUGUGCCAACUCAAAAAUGAGACCAAUCUCAAGUUGCUGACUAAGCCCUGGGUGGCAGAAGGCUCUCGGUGCCGGAUUCUAGGAGGAAGAGCCUGUGUGCACUUGACCAAGGCCAGUUUCCCAUGCAAAGUAAGUAGCUAAAGAAGUGCUUUUUUCCAGGACAAUUCUGGAAGUAAAGAAAAUAAAAAUUCAAGCUGGUAAGCUUAAACUUGUGCCAUUUCUUUAAAAGAGUAAGCUCUAUUAUGAAAUGACUUACUGAAAAAAAAAAUCUAGCUGUAAAUUAUAACUUCAAACUGCUAAAGUUCCUUAAGCAGCUUAUUUGUUUACAGUUUAUCAUCUGAGUAAAGAAAGGUUCCUCCUUUGGACCUGCAGUUACUGUUUCACCUGUAUUACACUGUACCAAAGUUCUCAAUGAGAAAUGCCCCAUCUUAUUCUAUGUCAAAUAUUUUCACAUUUAUAAAACCUUUAUAUGUGCAAUGAAAACAUAAAUUUAAUUUACAAAACAUCCAGGCAAGGCACUUGAAGAAUCAAUUAAACCUAGUUCUGGCCGAUCGGUAGAAUCCAUUCAUGUGUUACCCUCAGGUAUACAGCAUUUUAGCUUCUCAACCCUUUCUUGCAGUGCAUCCAGUUCCGUUAGCAGCCAGGGUGGAGCAGGGGCCUGUUGGAGCAACAACUCAGUUGUUUCUAAAGCCUCUGCUGCUGCUUGAAAUGCUGCCCUAUACUCUUCUUCGAAGGGGAGCUCACGACGGGCUCUUUUUGUACAAGGCUGGAAAUAAAGAAAUCAUGAAACAAGUAAUGCCCUAUACUCAGUCUAAAAAUAAGAGAAACUGCAGUCAAGGGAUCACAAAAGGUACCCUCCCCAUCUAUAAUAAAACCUUAUCCUAAUUGGACCCUCUUAUGCUAGGAUCCCCAGGGACAAAUGUUGUCUUGCCCAAUAACUGACUAUUCUUUAAGAACACCAUUAAGAGAAAAGAAAUGUGAUUUUCAUAAUAAUAAGUUUGUAAAUAAUGAGAACUACAGUUUCCAACAUGCUUUUGGGGCCAGUUGAGGAAAACUAAGGCUCAAGACAUCUUGUACAAGGAAAGGGGAAAAGGGAGUGAGACCCAGACAUAUCUAAUAAUCGGUUUUCCAAAAGGGUGUCACAAUUUAAAUUCAUAGGGCUUAUGAACAUAACUGAACUUUAUAUAUUUCAGGCUUACAGCUACAUCUUUAAAAAAAUUACUAUUGCACUAUAUAAACCUAGAACAUUGUUUUGUUAUAGCCUGAAAUUCCAAAUUAUACUUAUGUUAAAAACACAACAUUGAAUGUAUGUAGUGGUGUCAAAUUUCUGCCAAUUAAAAGGUACAUGUGAUUCUUAGAAACUGAUUAUGAAGCUGGCUUGAGGACACAAGAGAUGAACAUGCUGACAUCUGUCAGAAAAUGCAUUUAUGUCAUCAUUGGUACAAUAUGUAACUUCCAGAAAUAAAGAGUAUAUUUGGUAUAAUGUUUACAACUA